AACCAUCCCUAAAACUAAAUAUCACCCAAAUCCCCUGCUUUAACAACUUUGACUUACAGUAGCAUCGCGCCUUUUGCCACUUCAAUGACCACCGGACUCACAACGCCGCCGUGGCAACCGUAACCUUUCAAUGGCGGCGAUCUCCGUUAAACGCAAUUCCGUCGUUUCUCGCUUCAAACCCCUUCUAUCAUCACAGUGUCUUUACCAUAAACUCGCUGAAGCUGGAAAUAAACCUCGACCCCGUAGCGAAAAAGAUUCUCCUUUUCAAUUGGGUGAACUUAAUAUUAUUUCGAAAUGGCAAAAGAUGGAUUCGAGAUCACUGGGGAUAACCCGAAAGGUCCCCUCGUCUCCCUAUACUCUUAUAAAGAUUCUCCGAAGCAGAGGAUUUGAAGCCUACUUGGUUGGCGGUUGUGUUAGAGAUUUACUUCUAAAUAGAACGCCAAAAGACUUUGAUGUCAUCACUACAGCUGAUCUUGACCAGAUCAAAAAGCAGUUUCAUCGCUGUAUGAUUGUUGGACGCAGGUUUCCUAUAUGUAUGGUGCAUAUAAAGGGAUCAGUUAUUGAGGUAUCUAGUUUCAAAACUUUGGCAAAACAUUCCGAAAAUAAAGAAAAAUUCCUCGUCUCUCAAAUGCCUAGAGGCUGUGACAAAUCAGAUCUUAAUCUCUGGAAAAACUCCAUGCAUCGCGACUUCACCGUUAAUAGCUUGUUUUUCGACCCUAUUAUUCACAAGAUCUAUGAUUACAACAAUGGAAUGAAAGACUUAUUGGACCUUAAGCUACGGACGUUAGUACCUGCUAACGAGUCAUUUACAGAGGACUGUGCAAGAAUUCUUCGGGGACUAAGACUUGCUGCUCGACUUGGCUUAUCGUUUUCAAAGGAUAUUGAAAGUGCAAUUCAUAAACAUGCUUCAUCUAUUUUGACUUUAAGCGCGCCUCGGAUAAUGAUGGAGAUGAAUUAUAUGCUUUCGUUCGGGGCUGCAGAAUCUUCACUCCGUCUACUUCAUCGAUAUCACAUUCUCAAGAUUUUGCUACCAUUUCAGGCAGCAUACUUUUCUAGACAGACUACUGGAUCUGGGCAACAUACCAUGAUGUUGAUGAAGCUGUUCUCCCAUUUGGAUAAGUUUGUUAGUUGUGACAAGCCAUCUGCACCUAGCUUAUGGAUCGGACUUUUGGCUUUCCAUCAGGCACUACUGGAUAAACCCCAACAUCCGUUUGUUGUUUUGACUUUCGGUUCUGUUCUCUAUCAUCAAAGUUGGGAGGAUGGUAUCAUGUUUGCAAGAAAAUAUGUACAACCACUAGUCAACUUUGACCCCGAAACUUUAGAUCCAUAUACGCCCCUUUCUGAUGACGAGGUGGCCAAAAAGGUGAAUAAAUUAGCAAUGCGGGUGAUAGAUUCUAUUGAUAUUUUGGUGGAUGCUGAUGUCCUAAACAAUACAAUGUCGAAAUUCCCUUGUUCUCCGUGCUCUGGUUUGGUAUUUAUUUCCAAGAACGCUGCGCACAGUACUGCACAACUCUUUCAUGUUCUUUCACAUAAAGUUUUACCACCCAGUAAAGGAAGAAGUUCAUUUGAGAUGAACAAUCAGUUACUUGGAAAAGGGGACCCUUCAGAGACGAGAUUUGCCCUAGGAAAGAUCAUCAUGAACACCAUGGGCUGCGGGAUUGACAACCAACCUGCACUACCUGAAAGUGUACAUGUUACGCCACCCGAUUCAUCCUUACAGAAACUGAAUGCAAAAUCAAGCAGCAGUAAGAAGCAAAAUGCAGCUACAGAGAAACCGAUCAAAGAGAUUGCAGAUUCAGAUCACGCAAUCGAGAAACCAGAAGAGAUAUGCGUAUCUAAAUCACCAAUACAAGAACUCAUGGCCACACUGGAAUCCAUAAUAGAAGAUGAAGAAGAUCUUCCAUCUCAAUUAGAAGGUCAAAACGCUAAAGAAAAAGUCAAUUCACCAGCCGACGUGCAACAAAGUGUGGACAGAAAGGACAAAAGGAAACAAGUGUUGCAACUGUCUUCUCUAUUUAAGUGAAUAACACCACAAAGUGUGGCAGGUUUUGUUUUGGUAGGUUUUUUUACAUCAGACUUCUUUAUCCGAGUGAGUACACCAAACGUGUUAGAUCGUGUUAGCAAGAACCAUGUACUAUUAUACGUCAACAAAUUAUACAUAUCAUGAGAUACACAUGCGAGGCCAAUUGAACUUGGUAUAACGUGGGUUUGAGCUCGUUCAAGUUGUGCCCAACUUUUUAACGAGCAAUCUCGAGCAGAUUAGAGUGGCUCAACUCACAUUGUAUAACUUCACUAUAGUUUCAUUUUUUUUUACUUCAACACCAAA